UCUUGACAAACAGCGGGGAGGUCUCUCGUUUGCUUUUCCUGCAUUUCCUGCUUUCUUUGCUCCUAUAGGUGGUUGGUGGAAGCCCUAUUUAUAGCACUAAAAAAAAGAGGAAAAAAGCUCUUCUGGAGGCAGGAAAACCAAGUCAGGAAAGAAUUGGAGGAAGUGUUGCUGCCAUUUCACCAAACAAUUUGAAGUUAAUUGAGCUGGAGAACUCACUAACGUUGCCAUUGUUGUUAAGAUUGUGAAGUAAGCACAAUUAUUUGGGUUGCUUUCGGGAAUGUUCAGAAGGGCAGCUUGAACAAAGAGGGUCAUGGAAUGAAGAACUCUCCUCCAGCUACUCCAUGUUCCAGAGAGCAGAAAAAGAAGAGAAUCUGGAUCAGAAAACAGAGAGGCGUCUUGCGUCUAGAUUACACAUACCUUGAGGUUGGCAGAAGCUGGGACUAACAGCAAGAGCUCACCUUGCUCCCCGGAUUUGAACUGCCAACAUUUUGGUCAGCAUGUUCAGCAGCUCAGCGGUUUGACCUGCUGUGCCACCAGGGUUUUCUAAUGAAGUACCGCAGAGAUUGCAAUUGAUAUUCAUCUAAUGGGAGCCCUCCUCAUCUUCCCUAUGGUGAAAGUGGAUUCAGUCUUCUGACAUCGGCCAAAGGACAAUGGGGUCCAAUACUCUGGGGAAAACUGCAACAUUGGACGAGCUGUUAACUACCUGCAUUAAAAUGUUUGAUUGUAAAGGGGAACUCAGUAAUAAUUAUUUGCCAAGAACCUUCCUUCUAAUGCACCGAUGGUAUCUAUCCUCAACAGAACUGGCAAGCAGACUUCUCUCCUUAUAUAGAAAUGCCAAUGGAGAAAACUGCAGUGAAAUCCGCUUAAAAAUCUGCUACUUUAUGAGAUACUGGAUUUUAGAAUUUCCUGCAGAAUUCAAUCUGGAUCUUGGUUUGGUUCGUCUUACUGAGGAGUUUCAAGAAUUAGCCAGCCAUCUUGGUUUUGAAGACCACAUUCACCUUCUUGAUAUUUCUAGCAUCCCUUCUUAUGACUGGAUGCGAAGAGUCACCCAAAGGAAAAGAACUUCAAAGAAGGGCAAAGCUUGCUUGCUCUUUGAUCACCUGGAACCUAUUGAACUUGCUGAGCAUCUCACCUUUUUGGAGCAUAAAUCUUUCAGGAGGAUCUCUUUUACAGAUUAUCAGAGUUACGUGAUCCACGGCUGUCUAGAUAACAACCCAACUCUGGAAAGAUCAAUUGCUUUAUUUAAUGGCAUCUCCAAAUGGGUACAGUUGAUGGUUCUUAGUAAGCCAACCCCACAGCAAAGAGCAGAGGUCAUUACAAAAUUCAUCAAUGUUGCACAGAAACUUCGGUAUCUCCAAAAUUUCAAUACCCUGAUGGCUGUUGUGGGAGGACUAAGCCAUAGUUCUAUUUCACGUCUCAAAGAAACACAUUCUCACCUUUCUUCUGAAGUUACCAAGGAUUGGAAUGAAAUGACUGAACUAGUCUCCUCCAACGGAAACUACUGCAACUACCGCAAAGCUUUUGCUGAUUGUGUUGGCUUCAAAAUCCCAAUCUUAGGAGUCCAUUUGAAGGACCUGAUAGCAGUUCAUGUCAUAUUUCCAGACUGGAUCGAUGAGAACAAAGUCAACAUUGUGAAAAUGCAGCAGCUUUCAGUCACCUUGAGCGAGCUGGUUUCCCUGCAGACUGCUUCUCACCAUCUAGAACCAAACAUGGACUUAAUUAACCUGCUAACACUUUCUCUGGAUCUCUACCACACAGAAGAUGAUAUCUACAAACUGUCACUUGUAUUGGAACCAAGGACAUCUAAAUCGCAGCCUACCUCUCCAACAACCCCUAACAAGCCUGUGGUGCCCCUUGAGUGGGCAUCUGGAGUAAUACCAAAGCCUGAUCCAAGCAUCAUCAACAAACACAUCCAAAAGCUAGUUGAGUCUGUUUUUAGAAACUAUGACCAUGAUCAUGAUGGCUAUAUCUCUCAAGAAGACUUUGAAAGUAUAGCAGCUAAUUUUCCUUUCUUGGACUCAUUCUGUGUAUUAGACAAAGAUCAAGAUGGUCUUAUCAGCAAAGGAGAAAUGAUGGCUUAUUUUCUGAGGGCCAAAUCACAACUGCAAUGUAAAAUGGGACCUGGUUUCAUACAUAACUUCCAAGAGAUGACCUAUCUUAAACCAACUUUCUGUGAGCAUUGUGCUGGAUUUCUCUGGGGUAUAAUCAAGCAAGGCUACAAAUGCAAAGAUUGUGGUGCCAACUGUCAUAAACAGUGCAGAGAUCUGCUAGUUCUCGCCUGUAGGAAAUUUGCCAGAGGAACAUCACUGAGCAGUAACCACGGUUCUUUGCCCAAUAGUCCAUCAUUGCCAGCUGUCCAAGAUGAAGUAUUUAAUUUUCCCAGUGUAACUCCACAAAAUCAGGAUCUCGUUAGCAGAGCAAUCACACUUGUAACAGGCUCUUCUCAGAAGAUUUCAGUCCAUCUACAACGGGUGACAACCAGCCAGGCAACUCAGACGGAGCCACUAUGGCAUGAGCCUGGUUGGGGUGAUUCAGGGUCCCACACAUUUCCAAAAAUGAAGUCUAAGUUCCAUGGGAAAUCAGGAAAGACUAAAGGUUUUGCAAAAUGGGAAAACGAAAAACCCAGCAUUCCAGCCAACAUGGACAUCCCAGCAGCAACUACAACACAAGGAUUGAAUCAGAAUGGAAAUGAAACUUUGUUAGAAAGACAGGAAAUGCAGGCUAGUUGAUCUGCUGCUGCAAAAUAUGGAAGAUAGUUCAAGAAAGCACAAAACUGUACAUGGCCAAAAUUUACAAAAUCUCUCUUUUAUCACUUGGGACAGGCAUUUAAUGAUAGAGCAGAGUAUUUAUUCUUUCACAUAGAUUAAGUAAUUUGAUCAUCCUUGCACAGUGCAGAAAAUAAAGGAGUGUUAUAGCUCCAGCAAGUCCUGGUUUCUUCACUGCUAUUUCUCAGUCGAGGAAAACUUGUUCCGGUCCACUUCAUUACUACCAAAGAAACACUGGAUCUUCAAAACAAGACAGCUACAAAAUGCAGGGCAAUGCAAUCUGCACCCUUCUUGUCUCUGCAAGUUUGCUGUGUAUGAAAACUUCAUCAUUUAUCUGACAGACAGCUAGAUGUGAGAGUGAUGACUUUUGAAGUGCAAAAUGUCUCCCAUCACAGACUCCCUCUGCAUUCCCAGUUGAAAUCCUUUCUUUAGGUUGUGUUUUGUUUUCCAACAAAAUCUGGAAGAUGUUUAUGUUUUCCCAUGAAAUAUGUGACAGACAACUGACCUGAGUGCGGCAAGAUUCCUAGCAGAAUCAGAUGAAGGAACUUGAAACAUGUAGUGGGUAUGGUAAUUCAGAUUGCAUUAUUUAGUCAUGUGGAUGCUGAAGGAAACAGAGGAAGAGCGCUUUCCCACUCUUUAUUAUGCUGUCAUAAUCAUGUAGCACGUGUUUUCAUUUCAUGGUUACUGAGGUUAUGAUGUCUUGGGGUUUGUUUGGGGUUUUUUUUUUUACACCUUUUAACAAACUGGAAGUUAUCUAAAUAAAACACUGGAUUUGAUAGA